AUGUCACUUACACCUGAGCAAAAGUAUAAUCUUAUUACUCGUAAUCUUCAAGAAGUUCUUGGAGGAGAUGAAUUAAAGAAGAUUCUUGAAGAGCGUGAUCUUAAAAUGUAUUGGGGCACUGCUCCUACUGGUAGACCACACAUUGGCUACUUUGUACCUAUGAGUAAAAUUGCCGACUUUUUGUCAGCUGGUGUUGAGAUGACAAUUCUUAUAGCAGAUAUUCACGCUUUCCUUGAUAAUAUGAAAGCACCACUUGAGCUUGUGCAACAUCGUGCUAAAUAUUAUGAACAACUUAUUAAGAUUGUCUUGACUUCUCUUGGAGUUCCUAUUGAGAAGCUUAAAUUUGUUAUCGGCUCAUCUUACGAAUUAUCAAAAGAAUACAGCAUGGAUAACUUCCGUUUAUCUGCUCUUGUUACCGAACACGAUGCUAAAAAAGCCGGUGCAGAAGUUGUUAAACAAGUGGCUUCCCCUCUUUUAUCUGGUUUGUUAUAUCCUGGUAUGCAAGCUCUUGAUGAAGAAUACUUGGGUGUAGAUGCACAAUUUGGAGGUGUCGAUCAACGUAAGAUUUUUGUUUUAGCCGAGAAAUACCUCCCCCUCUUGGGUUACAAAAAGCGUAUCCACUUGAUGAACCCUAUGGUGCCUGGUUUAGCAGGUUCAAAGAUGUCAUCCUCAGAUCCUGAUUCUAAGAUUGAUUUCUUGGAUAGUGCAAAGGAUGUUCAAAAGAAGAUUAAAAAGGCCUUUUGUGAGGAAGGCAAUAUUGAAGAGAACGGUCUCUUGGCCUUUGUCAAGAAUGUUUAUUUCCCUGUUAAGACUAUUAACGGUAACAAGGCAACCUUCACUUGUAUUCGCCCUGAGAAAUAUGGUGGAAAUAUGGUUUAUGAUAAUUAUGAGGAUUUAGAAAAGGAUUUUGCAGACAAAGUCGUUCAUCCCGGUGAUUUAAAGGCAGGUGUGAUUGAGGUUAUUAACGAAUUGUUGGAACCUAUCCGUAAGGCCUUUGAGGAUCCUGAAAUGAAGAAAUUGGAAGAAUUAGCUUAUCCUGCACCUAAGCCUGUUGAAAAAGUGAAUCCUAAGAAGGAAAAGAAAGAAAAGAAGAAGGCUGAGAGAGCAGCCGCUUUAGCUGCUAAGGCUGCUGCUGCGGCGGCUAAUGGUGAAGUACCUCCCACUGCUGCUGCUGAAAUUAAAACUGAAGAAAAGAAGGAAGAAUAA